AUGGCACCCUCCAGAUCUAAGACUCAGGACAAAGCUGCUGGGGCAAAGAAAGCUGGUAAGGAGAGAGCUGCUGGCUGUGAGAAAAAGAGCCCUCCUGAGGAUUCCAUGGUCCAAGGUGGGAGACCGAGGAAAGAAAAGAGCAAUGUCCAAGCUACAUCUGAAGAACCCUCUUCUGAAAAAGAGACAGUUCCUUUAGUCACAUCUGUACAGAGCACAUCAAAGAGCCAGAGGGAGGCAAGGAUUAAGGGAGGCAAAGAGUAUGGUCACAAAAAGCAAGCCAAAAGGGAGAGAACCUCCAAGGGCAAGGACAAAAGAGAAGUUGGUUCUGGUGGAAAACAUGGAGAACAAUUAAUAUCCAAGGAGAAGAAAAAAGUAAGAGGCUCCAAGCAACAGGAUCUGAGAUCAGGCCAAGGAAGCAAGGCCAGUGUUUGCAAUGAAGUAAAGGCCAUUGAAGGCUGCAAGAAACGUACUUUUAAAAGGAAGCGCAGGGAGCACCUGAGUGUGAGUGAAAUGGCCAUUGAGACUGAGUCUGUAAAGUCCUUCACAGUGGGAAGUACUGAGGGCUCCUCUCAAAAACGUGAGUUGCCUCAGACUGAUAGUCGUGUCAGUGCUGGGAAAAAAUACAAUAAGAAGCAUGUCUCCAAAGCAACCACCAUCAGAAAGUCAGGUUCCCAGCUCCAGGGCAAUCUGGAGCUCAGAUCUAAGGCAGUGAAGUGUGGGGGUGAUGGUGAUGGACAGAAGAAGAAACAAGUUAGAAAAUCAGCCAGGACUAUUUCCAGUGCAAGUGAGGAAGGAAAGAGCCUGGAAAGCUCAGAUGAUGGGUCUUGUUUUGGCUCUAGAGAUGAAGCCAGUCGUAGCCAAGCAAGAAGAAAGAGAGAGACUGAUGAUGACAACACCCAAAUCAGCGAAGACAGGAGAAGCUCUUUGGAAGAAGAACUCUCUAUUGAGGAAAAAACUACACAGGAAAAUUGGCUUCCGUCCAAAGGAAAAGGCUGCCAAGAGUCUCAUGAUGGAAGUAACAAAGCAACCAGGGAAAGUGAAAGAGAACAGGAGAUGAUGGACAACAGGCAAGAAUCUGAAGAUGAAGAAACUGUCUCAGAAGAGUCUGAGGCAGAUGGGAAAAUGAAGGAACAGGAUAAAGUCUCCAAGCAAAGAAAAUCUACUCUAAGUGAUAGCACUGAAGAAGAUUAUAGUGCAGGGGCUUCAGAGGAUGAAGUCAAGUGCCCAGUGAAGGGAGAAAACGAGAGUGAUGAAGAAGAACAGGAAAACCUGGUGGAAAAAGACAACAGUGAAGAAAUGUCUGAAGAUGAGCAAGCUAAAUCUGAAAGCCAGGAGGAUGGGGUUGAAGGAAUCAACGACAACAAGCGAGAGAGACCAAGAAGGAAACCGCUGCCUAGCACUGUCAAAGCAAAGCUCCUUAACAUGGGCUUGAGCAAAGGCCCUCCGCGAAACAGCUGGGAAGGGAAUAUGAAUGACAACGGCAGGAUGGCGAGAGAUGGCCCUGCGUGGCCCACACAGCAAAUGCCAAAAAAGAAAUCCCAGAAGCCUGAGACAAUAAAGCAAGGUGAAGAGUUAGAACACGUACAUCAGGUUAGUUCUUCUUCAGACAUCAACAGGAGGGUGGAUUCAGUGGUUGUACUUGCAAAGAAGUGCAGACCUCGCACUAUGCAAUCCCAGAUUGUCCUGAAUCUGAAAAACAAUCAUAAAGUUGCCCAGGCCAAACUGUUGGCAAGAAGUAAACAGAGUCCUUUCCAGAAGGCAGCAGAAACUAGCUCUGACCUGGAGAAGGUUCAAAAGAUCCCUUCUAAAAAGAGUGCUACAAAAACCUAUAAGGCACUUAGGGACUCCAAUAUAGCUAAGGAUCUUGGAGAGCCAAGAUUAAGUCUCUCCAGUGUUUCAAGCUCCUCCUCUAGCACUAAAAAUCUAUCUGUUGAUAAGCAGCAUCUUGACAAGAGAGAGAAGAUUGGGAAAGUAAUUGGAAACGUCAAACACGCUUCGUGUCAGACUCUAGUAGUAAGAGAAGAGAUAGCGGAGGAGAAAGUGGUUGAAGAGGCACCUGCUGAAAAAGAGCGAGUGCUGAAGCAAAAGGGCUUCACCCUUUCGGCAUUUAGAAAAGUAACCGGCUGGCUCAGCCAAAAGCCUCCCAAGAAAGCAAGCCUGAAAGAUCGUUUUUUGAGUGUGAUGCGUGCAGUUGGUAUCUCAGGCUGGCUCCUGAAGAAGUUUGGGAAGAGGAGCAGCAAGUCAUUUGGAUUCAGAAGAAGAAUGGCGAUCAGGAUUGUUAGCACCACUGGACUAAUCAAUAGACAGGUCAGAGCCUCCCCUGGCCCAGCGGGAGAACAGAGAAAGAGGGAGUUGAGUAGCGAAAGCUCUUCUCAGCCAUUGCUAGAAUGUGAUCAUCCCCUUACUGAGGUGGCAGAGGAGCUGGAAGAAGCCCAGUUGGCUUCAUGCGAUUCUCCCCUUAAUGAAGCUAGCUCCUCUCUGCAAUUGCUAAAUCUGGACGGACCGGCUAAGGAGAAGAACAGUGUCACUGAUGCCAAAUUCGCCAUCGUGUUCCCCAGGGUCCAUCACAUGGUGAAGACAAGAGGUGUUUCUUCCGGGAAUAGUGAAUCACAGCCACAGUCAAUAGAUGUACCUAGCAGGAAAGCAGUGAUGUCUGUGCAGCCGGGCUGCAAGUUCAAACAUGACCUCUCGAAGGAGCAAACCUGUCAGAGGACCAGUCAAGGGCUUCCCCACAACGAUGAAAUUAAUCCGUCAAUGCCAGGUGAUCUGAGUCAAGCAAAAUGCCUUGCAACUCAGUACAGAGUGACUAGGCUUUUGAGCUCCUCAUCCCAAGGGAUAAAGACGUCUGAAGGGAAAGAUGUAUCCAAAUCUCAGUUCCUCGCAAAGGGGCAAAGAGGGCAGUCACCAUACCAGGCCACUAAACCUCCACUCUUCCCGGAGGCAGCUGGAAACUAUCGGUAUGAGCAGGACUUCCUUCCAAAGGAGGAAGGAGAGGGCUCAGAGGAUCUGAUGGCUUCUUACUUUGAGGGAGAUGUUGACAAAGAGGCUGCAAAUCUCAUCCAACAUGCUGGGUCUGAAGCCCCAGCCCAGGUGCACUGGACUCAGCGGCGAACUCUAGGGUGUGAUCCUACGGCAUGGCUGAACUCUGAAAUGCUGCUCCCGCGACUCACCAUUGAGAACCUCAGCAAAUGGGCCAUGUAUAAGGACCAGGAUCUGGUCAAGACCCACAGGCCGAAGACAUUGAGAGAAAGGUGGGAGGCAGAAGAUGUCACUGAGGAUAUCCUUGAGGUGGACAUGACAUGGAAACAGGUGUACCUGGAUGAAAACCACUCAGUGAAGCUUGAGGAGGUUGAAGAUCUGUCCAGACUGGAGGAGGUCUGUGAGAGCUCAGUCCUUCUGUGUCUGAAGAAGAGAUUCCAUCGCAAUUUCAUUUACACCUACAUUGGGCAAAUCUUGGUCUCUGUGAAUCCUUUCAAGCCCCUCAAUCUCUACUUGGAAGAUGUGGUGACCCAGUACCAGCAGGGGACGCUCUCCAAAAAUGCCCCACACAUCUUUGCCAUUGCGGAAAUGGCCUACACUCUGUCCCAGACUUCAGAGCAAGAGCAGUGCAUCGUCAUCAGUGGGCACAGUGGAUCAGGUAAAACAGAAGCUGCCAAAGCUAUCAUGCAGUACCUGAGCACCUUGUACCAGAGACAAGACAGCCCUGGGAUCAGAUCUUGUAUCCUCCGCCCUCUCCAGCCCUGUGACGUACUGCCCAUCCUGGAGAGCUUUGGGAAUGCUAAAACCAUCCUCAACGACAACUCGAGCCGCUUUGGGAAGUUUCUGCACGUCCACCUGAGACAUGGGGUCGUGGUGGGUACGUCCAUCUCCCGGUACCUUCUGGAAAAGUCCCGCGUUGUGUUUCAGGGCAGAGCAUGCGACCUCACAGGGAAGCAAGAUGAUCGGGAGUUUGUGGUCUUGGUGCAAGCUCUGCAGGUGAUUGGCCUCUCAGAUGAUCAGCUGACCUCCAUCUGGGCAGUGCUGGCUGCCAUCCUGCAGCUGGGGAACAUCUGUUUUACCUCCUGUGAGAAGGAAUCCUUUGGCCUUGCAGCCAUCCCCAGCGACACGGAAAUCCGGAUUGUGGCCAAUUUGCUGCAUGUCUCAGCAGAUCUCCUCCAAAGCGCCAUCACUCACCGAGUCACGGUGACGUCUUAUGAUCGAAUAUUCACCCCUUUGUCUGUCGAAAGCGCCAUUGAUGCCAGGGAUGCCAUUGCCAAGGCUCUGUAUUCCCUGCUCUUUGACUGGCUUCUGGUGAAGAUCAAUGAGUGGCUAGCCCCCUGGGAAAUGGACAGCACUCUGGGCAUUGUCGACAUAUAUGGCUUUGAGGAUCUGGGGGUGAACAGCUUGGAGCAACUGUGCAUCAACUUUGCGAACGAGCGUCUCCAACUUUUCUUCAGCCAGACAGUCGUUGCCCAGGAAGAGGAGGAAUACACCCAAGAGGAGCUAGUCUGGAUUCCCAUUUCCCAGAUGCACAAUGAGUCAUGCCUGGAUCUGAUUGCUGCAAAGCCCCAUGGCAUUUUACGCAUCCUGGAUGACCAGACUUCAUUGGCUCAGGCCACUGACCACACCUUCCUCCAGAAGUGCCAUUACCAUCAUGGAAACAGCCCUUGGUACGGCAAGCCCAAACUGCCUUCACCAGUCUUCACCGUGCAGCACUAUGCAGGUCCUGUCACCUACCAGGUUCACAAGUUUCUGAAUAAAAACCACGACCAGCUGCGCCCAGAGGUCCUUGAGAUUUUCUCCCAGAGUCACCUCAAGCUGGUGUCCCACCUUUUCCAGCGGGCCAAGGGACAUCACGGACUGCAGGGGGAGUUGGCCAUGGGAGGCAAAGGGCUUAAGCAUCACGCCUCUACACUGGUGUCCCGAUUCCAGCAGUCCCUGCAGGAUCUCACAGCCAAGCUGAGGAGAAGCCAUACUUUCUUCAUUCGCUGCAUCGUGCCCAAUCCGAAAAAGCUGUCCGACGUCUUUGAUGUGGAAUAUGUCACUUGUCAGCUGAGGCAUUCUGGGAUACUGGAGGCCAUACACAUCAGGAAGGAGGGAUACCCCAUCCGCAUCCCAUUCCAGCACUUCUUAGUCAGGUAUGGGGCCCUGACUGGCCAAGGGCAGAGCUAUUCGCAGGAGAGGGAUGGAUGCGCCGCGGUGCUCUCGCAUGUGGUGGGGGACCCCUCGGACCUCUAUCAGAUUGGAGUCUUCCUGAAGGAGAAGGCCAAGCAGCUGCUGGAGAGAAGAUGGAACCAGAAGCAGAGCUGGGCCGUUGUCACCCUCCAGCGGAACCUCCGAGGCCUCAUCAGCCGCAGGCAAUUCCAGGUCUUCCGGCAGAAGGUCUUGGUCAUCCAGGCUCAUUUCCGGGGGCACCAGGCAAGGAAGCGCUACAGGAGGCUGAAGAUGAUGCUGAUGCAGCUUGGGACGGUAGUUUUAAUCUCCAGGCCCUUGGUGCAGACACGGAAGCGCUGCCAGCAGAGGCGUGAGGACAGCAGGCAGAGAGAGGAGUCGCUGGCCAAAGGUGGCGAGGAGGGUGGUAGCUCCCCAGGAAUGGACGUGGGGCUGCUGGAGAUCCCCGCAGAGCUUGCGGCACUCCUGCACUCUGCCAAAGGUCAGCACCAUGCCCAGGCCAAUCAGAUCAUGGAGGUUUCACCUCCGGAGGUCAAGGCCAAGUGUGACCUCUCCCUCCCACCCAACAUCAAUAGCUCUCCCUUCUCCGUCUUCAUGAGGUCUCACUUCCAGGAGCCCAACUUCCCUGCCCUUGGACAGCCCCUGCAGCAGCCCUUAACCCGCCUGGAGGGCGAGGACAUGCGGCGCGCUCUGGAGAUCAACAAACUGAUCCUGCGGUUCAUCGGGGACAGGAACCUCCAGAGCUGGCAGGAAGUGCUCCUGGGUAACUACAUCGCCAGCCGAGGGCUGGGCAACCCGGCCCUGCGCAACGAGCUUCUGAGUCAGGUGGUCAGCCAGGUGUGGAAGAACCCAGACACAGAGCAGAGCCAGCGAGGCUAUGCUCUGAUGGCUGCCCUCCUGAGUGCAUUUACCCCUUCACCAGCACUGGAGAAACCCUUGCUGAAGUUCGUGUCAGACUACGGGCUGGAAGGCUACAAUGCUGUUUGCCAGCGCAAGAUCCUCACGGCAAUGCAGCAGACAGACACGGACCCCGAGGUCUCCCGUGCCCAUCCUCCCACCCUGUUGGAGUGGACCGCUAACCAGAGGAGAGGGAAGAUGGUGCUGGACGUCUUCACCUAUAAUGAGGAGAUGUUCUCUGCUGAAGUAGAGUCCUGGACAACAGGGGAACAGUACGCAGGCUGGAUCCUGAGUUCAAGGGGUUUGGAUAAGGCCCCUCGAGGGUGGUCCGUCUCCAUGCUCACAGGCGAGGUGUGGCGGGACCUGCCCGGCUGUGACUUCAUGCUGGAUCUCAUUGGAGAGAUGGAGGAGGCCGGCCACCCUUCCCUGUCCUCGGCUGACUAUCCCAUCACACCCGAGUGGGAAGGGAGCCCGUCCCGGAGCGCCUCUCUGGACAUGAUGGACUGGGACAUCCCUCCUGCACCAGGCAUUCAGGCUCCAUCUCUCCCUCCUUCCUUUCCGCCGCCAUCCUUGGAUGCUGAGAGCACCUACUCAGGGCUCGGAGUCCAAGGUGUCCCGAGGACCCACACAGGCCUAGAGCACUAUGUGGAUGACCUCUUUGACCCAGUGCUCCAUCAAGGGUCCAGAGUGCCAGAUAUGGAGAAUGGAGGAAGCCUUACUGGACACAUGAAAGGAGGUGGAAAAAUUGGACCCACCCAGCAAGGAGCCUUUCCUUCUGCAGCCUACCCUGGAAUGAUGCAAAUACCAGCUUACCAACCCAUGCCAAUGAUGGGUGGAAUGAUGCCAGCACCCAUGCCAAUGAUGCCAGCACCCAUGCCAGCCAUGGUUGCGCCCCAGCCGAUGGUCCCAGCUGUGGAUCCCAAUCAGCUCGCAGCACAACAGCAAGCCUUUAUCAACCAGCAGGCCCUGCUCAUGGCUCAGCAGAUGACCCUCCAGGCCAUGACAAUUUCCCAGCAGCAGCAGCAGCAGCAGCGACGGAGAACCAAUAACAGCAAGAAUGCUGCACCAGCAGCUAAGACACCAGAGCCCCCAGCUGAUGCAGCAGAACCGAUCCAUGACUACCCGGAAGAACAGCUGACAGACAGUGAUGAGGACUCGGUCUUUCGAGACACCUUCCAGCAGAAGCGGGAGUACUUCCAGAAAAUGGGACAGCAAAAAAUCCAGGUGAAGAAAGUCAGGCCCCCUUCCAAGAGCUGGACCCCUCCAAGAAAUCCACAGCAGGAGGAAGAGAGGUCCAGCCCAGAACCAGAGACCGCUCCAGCACCUCCCUCGCCACCUCCCGCGCCAAAGCAGAAAGUGCAAGAGAAGAAAGCAAAGAAGAAGCCGUGCCCUGUGGUGGCUGCAGACCUGGUGCCAAAGAGAGAGCCCAGCCGGGAGAUCCGCAACAUCAUUAAGAUGUACCAGAGCCGGCCAGCCCCGGAGCCACAGCCCAUCGAGCCUGUCAGGCCGUCCAAGACCUUCCUGAAGAAGAGUGACCCCAAGAACGAAGCUCUGGCCAAGCUGGGGAUGCCCUCCUCUCUGAACAAGAGCCCCAGAGGGGCUCCGCCCCCUCCGCCCACCAAGAAGGGCCAGACCGCCACAUCCAUCAGGAAAAUGCAGCAGCCUCUCAUGAACCUCUUCGGCCAGCAGCCGACCUCUCCUGUUGCUUCCCUCGUCCCUCCGCCUCCCCCACUCCUGCCCCCACCCCUUCCGCCUGCUGACCAAGCCACACAGCAGUCUGAGCCGAAAGAAGAUGCCGGCAUCAAGACGCAGCUCUACAAGCUCACUGCCAGCGUCAGCUUCUCAUAUGCCACCACACCCUGGAAAAUCUUCCUCCGCAAAGAGGUGUUUUACCCCAAAGAAAACUUCAGUCACCCGUAUUGCUUGAACCUGCUGUGUGAGCAGAUCAUGCAAGACACUUACUCGGAGUCCUGCAUCCGGAUCUCCAAGGAGGAGAGGCGCAAGAUGAAAGACUUAUUGGCAGAGUUCCAGGUCGGCACGGAUGCCAUCUCCAUUGUAGAGGACGGGAUAAAGAAGAGGAUUGUGGUGGCUGCUCGGGAUAACUGGGCCAACUAUUUCUCCCGGCUCUUCCCAGUUAAGGGGGAAAGAGGAAGUGACGUCCAGCUCCUUGGGGUUUCUCACCGGGGAUUCCGGCUGCUGAAGAUGGCAAAAGCAGCCAGCUUCAGCCCUGAAUACCUGAAAAUCCUUUGCAGCUACAGUUUUGCAGAGGUGCUGUCGGUGGAGCUGAGAGGCAGUGGCAGCCUGGAGUUCUCCCUGAAGAACGAGCAGCUGAUCCUGCACUCGGCGAAGGCUCGGCAGGUCAAGGCCAUGGUGGAGCUUUUCCUCCAGGAGCUGAAGCAGGACUCCAGCUACGUCAUUGCUCUGCGCAGCUACGUCACGGAUGACAAGAGCCUCUUGAGCUUCAAAAAGGGCGACCUCAUCCAGUUACUGCCCAUGCAGGGGCUGGAGCCAGGCUGGCAGUUCGGCUCCGUUGGCGGCCGCUCCGGCCUCUUCCCCUCCAGCAUGGUGCAGCUGGCAGCAGCCCCCGAUUACCUCAGCACCCACAUGGACAGACAGGAGAGGCUCCAGAAGAGCCUGAAAAGCGACCGGCUGGAGACAAGUGUUAGCAAGGAGAGCUCUGUCCCCAGCCUGGCAUCGGAAAUCACCAGCUCUGCCUUCUCCCCAGACGCCCAUCACUACACCAUGGUGGAGUUUGCCAUGGCGCACUUCAGGGAGGCCCAGUCCACGCUGGGAUGGAAGGGGAUGAGCGCGGAGAGGAGGAGCCCAGCUGCCCUGGUUGAGCACACCAAGGUCCCGAUCCAGGAGCCCCUGCUUCAGUACUCUGACAGCGAGAUGAAUGAGCUGGCGACAAAGAGCUUCAUGACUUUGAUGAGGUUCAUGGGAGACCAGCCCACCCUCAAGAACCAGGCCGAGAUCGAUUACAUCUAUGAGAUUCUUCAGCUCUGCAAGGAGAAGGAGAACCUGCGCGAUGAGGUUUACUGCCAGGUCAUCAAGCAGAUCACGCAGAAUCCCAAGCUGGAAAGCUGUAUCCAUGGCUGGCGGCUCCUGAGCCUGCUCACUGGCUUCUUCCUUCCCUCCAACACCUUGAUGCCAUACGCCACCAAAUUCCUGCAGCAAGCCAGCGCCGAUCCAGCCAGCACCCACCAAGAUCUAGCCAGGACCUGCUAUGGCAACCUGCGGAAGAUGAUCAUGUACGGCAGCCGCCGGCACCUGCCCUUCCGCGUGGAGAUGGAAGCGCUCCUGAAGGGGCGUGGCUCCCGCCGGAUAGUGAUCGUCCUGCCCGGGGCCCUGGAAUACACCACCAAAAUCAGGACAUUCACUGUGGCUGCGGAAGUGGUGCGGGAGAUCUGUGAGCAGAUGGGGAUCAGCGAGCAGGAGGAGAUCCAGGAGUUCGCUCUCUUCGCCAGCAAGAACGGCGGGAAGGUGGUGAGGCCGGUGCGCCAGGACCAAUACAUCCAUGACUACCUGCUGGAGGACAGCUCAGUGAUCCUGGAUUUACGCCGGCUCUCCUGGAAGACACCCCUGCACUUCGAGAACGAGAUUUAUAUCAGCAUUCACUACAGCCAGGUGCAGCGGGAUUACCUGAAAGGGAUGCUGUUGCUGAACUACAACAGUGAACUGGAGAAGCAGGUGGGCACCAUGGCCCUUUUCCAGCACUGGGCCAGAGGACUGGGCUCCCCACCAUCCAAUCAGGAGUUGAUGGACUAUACCCCAAAGCCCGUGCUCCAGCUCGUCAACCCACAGGCUCUCCAAAGCCAAGUCAACCGGCUGCUGGAAACCAUGAAGCCACUCGGACAGCAGAAGGCAAAAAUCCAGUUUGUAGAGCAUGUGAGCCAGCUGCCUCUCUUCGGCUACAACGUGUACCCCAUGGAGCGGUGCAGCGAGCCCAGGAUUCCUCUACCCUGCAUCCUGGGAGUGAAUAGGGACCAGAUCAUCGUCGUGGCCAGCAGGUCCCAGGUAUGCUGCCCAGAGCGCCGGGGUCAGUAUCUCGCUACCUCGGCCCACUCGUGCAUUGGCUUUGUGCGAACUUUCUCUUUCUCGCACAAGUCGGAGUCCAUGGCAGGGGACAAAACCAGUGGACUUUGUCCACUCGCUGCCACCCCCCUACACAGUGAGCGUGGAGGUAAGCUGGCACCAGGACCCCCACCCACUACUCUGACUCGGUGGUUUUUCCAUGCCGUGUCCUAUAGCCCUGCACUGGAGCUCUGCUGCCGCAUCCCGCUGAAGGAGGUGCAGAGGAUGCGAACCCUGCGGCCUUUGGACGACUCUGGGGUGCCGGGUCUGGAAGUGAACUAUGGCUCUGUGGAAAAUCCUCAGACCAUGUGGUUUGAACUGCAACAGGCCAAGGAACUGUACCACACGAUCACAGUCAUCAUGGAGGAGGGAGAAUCUCAGCCCUAAAGCCCCAGGCUGGAAGACGGCUAAGCAGAACAGGGCUAUCCUCAGCUUGGACAGCUUAGCAAGCACUUCUCACACUGGCCUGUGGCAGGGCUAGCCCCAUUCACCAUCCUGCUCUCCAGCUGCCUUGUUCUACCAGCACACUCCCCUCUCCUGCUUUCCAAGGCUGCCACUCCCUUGCCAGCCUGUCGUCCAGGCUGUUUGGUCACCUUACUUCUGCACCACCCCGUGCCAGAACCUGGACGUCCGCCGUAGUGCUGCUCCUUAUCCCUUCCCGCCCCAGGCUGGGUUCGUACGUCACGCCCAUUCAGAGUCCUUUGGAGCUGCAUGGUCUCCGCAGCCAGAGCAGAGCACGCAAUGGGCCAAGGCCCUGGUCUUUCACACGCUGCUACAAGCAAGUGGGGAGGAGCAGCCCAGGGACUUCAAGAUACAGCACUGCAGUCCUUUUUUGCACUAACAACAAACUCACACAUGGCAGCAGCAGGGGAGUCUGGUACUUGCCAGAGAUUUUUGCAUCACCAAGAAAAAGAUAUGACUCCAUCGACUGGCAUUAAAUUCCUGAGAGCGGCCUCUUAUCUUACUGGUGGCAGCUCUUUGACAUUAUCACAGAGCAGGUCGGUGAGUGUCAAUAUGCAAUUACCACGUGUGCCAAGGCAGAGUUUGAGCUGCAAUGGUAAGACUGUUGACGGCUACUCGAUUUCUUACUGGCUGUCUGCAUAGUGUAUGUUGAUUUUUCUUUCUAAGCUGAAGAACUCGGUCUGACCAUACAGCUGUAUAUUUAAAUGAUGCCUACUUGCCCAGCGAACUAAGAUACAAAUUGCCUUCCUCAACAGAGGGGAAAAAAUCAGAAUGUAAAAAAUA